AUGGUAACAGUCUUUCCUUCUCCCUAUCUGGGUCAGAUUGAGCCAGCUGGAGCGAAACCAGACAAGUCCAAACCUGGGACUGGGACUAGCCUUUCUGUCGCUGGAGUGGAAGCCAACCCCUGCCCACCAGCCUGCCUGUCCACGUCAGGGACACACAGACUCCUUCCCUUUCCAGACUGGAAAGCCCCCUCCUGGGAUAGCAGGAAGGAGGCAACCUGCAACUCUUCCUGGCCUGGCCUUUGGGCCAAGCCUAUGGUUCAAGGGUGCAACCCCGUCUGGAGGCUGCGGGCCUGGGGGUGUCUGGCUGGAGGUACAACACUCAUGGUAAUCUGGCUCUUCUGGCUGCUGCGAUCAGUUCCUGGGGGUGCCCCAGCGCCCCAGCCCACACUCACCAUCCUUAUCUGGCACUGGCCUUUCACCAACCGGUCGCCAGAGCUGUCUAGUGACACCUGCACUCGCUAUGGCAUGGCCAGCUGCCAUCUGAGUGCUAACCGGAGUCUGCUAGCCAGUGCUGAUGCUGUGGUCUUCCACCAUCGUGAGCUACAGACCCGGCACUCUCGCCUGCCCCUGGAUCAGAGGCCGCACGGACAGCCUUGGGUCUGGGCCACCAUGGAAUCACCCAGUAAUACCCAUGGUCUCCGUCACUUCCGGGGGAUCUUCAACUGGGUGCUGAGCUAUCGGCGUGAUUCAGAUAUCUUUGUACCCUAUGGUCGCUUAGAGCCCCUCUCUGGGCCUACGCCCCCACUACCAGCCAAAAGCAGGAUGGCUGCCUGGGUGGUCAGCAAUUUCCAGGAGCGGCAGCAGCGGGCAAAGCUGUACCGGCAGCUGGCCCCUCAUCUGAAGGUGGAUGUGUUCGGUCGCGCCAGUGGACGGCCCCUGUGCCCUAACUGUCUGCUGCCCACUGUAGCCCGGUACCGCUUCUACCUGUCCUUUGAGAACUCACAGCACCGGGACUACAUCACCGAGAAGUUCUGGCGCAAUGCACUGGCCGCCGGCGCUGUGCCUGUGGUGCUGGGACCUCCUCGGACUACCUACGAGGCUUUCGUGCCACCAGAUGCCUUUAUACACGUAGAUGACUUCAGCUCUGCCCGUGAACUAGCGGUCUUCCUUGUCAGCAUGAAUGAGAGUCGCUAUCGUGGCUUCUUUGCUUGGCGAGAUCGGCUCCGUGUGCGGCUCCUGAACGACUGGAGGGAGCGCUUCUGCACCAUCUGCGCCCGCUACCCUUACUUGCCCCGCAGCCAGGUCUAUGAAGACCUGGAAAGCUGGUUCCAAGCUUGAACUCCUGCUGCUGGGAGAGGCUGCGUGCGUGGAAGACUGAUG